AUGACCAUCCCUGUCAAUGCCGACCAAUCGCAUGAUGCGCACGACGACAGACAGGUCCAUUACGAAGACCUCCCGUCUAGCGCAAGCGACGAUGACAUGAAAGCCGUUGAAGUCACCUUCGACCCUACAAAUGUCUACCGCAGGAAAAGCUCUCUCGUCACCAGCGACGCCGUGAACCCUGCGCUCAAAAAGCGAGCCCCGAAACCCGUAUCAACUCAAUGCUUGGUCCACCAAUUUCUCGAGGGCCACAGACGCGGUCAGAACCUCGACAACGACAAAAACGGUCCCGCCGGUCAUGCCAACAAUGGUGUUGAAGAUGUCUCUAAGGAGGUUGGUCUCGAUCAGAUUGUUGAGCCGAAAGGCAAGGACAGUGGACAUAAGGGCACGCUAGUCAUAGAACCAGAGAGCGAUAACAGCGCUGGGUCUGGCCAACUCGACGAGAGAUCAUGGAAGACAGCGCUUAGCAAAUCCAGGUCCGAGUUGGAUCUGGCAGGCGAGGAGCAAGAGGGUCUACACAGCCGACUGCUCACCAAGAAACAACUCAGUGAUAUGGCAUGGGGUGUCCGAGAAUUAAGCAGAAGAUUGGGGAGUGUACGCCUGAAGUUCCGGGCCAAGACCAUCUUUCUUCUCACCAAAAUCUACGACCUCGAUCUAAUACCGAAGACCAGAGAGGUUGCGAAGUGGUUGUUGAGCAAAGACAGGGAUGUUCGGUACACUGUCUAUAUACAAGAAGAUUUGAAGGGGAACAAGCAGUUUAAUGCGCCAGGUUUGUUAGAAGAGCUUCGCAAGGAGUACAUCGAGAGCGGCGAGCUGGAUGAGAACACUGCACAGGAUGCGCUGAGCCGACGAUUGCGCUACUGGAACGAGGGAAUGUGCCGAACAAGACCGCAUACAUUCGACUUUGUGGUCACUCUAGGAGGUGAUGGAACAGUGCUGUACGCCAGCUGGCUAUUCCAGCGCAUAGUGCCCCCAGUACUCAGCUUUGCACUAGGAAGUCUUGGGUUCCUCACCAAGUACGACUUCAACGAGUAUGAGGAUAUCCUUAGCACGGCUUUCCAAGGUGGUGUCACCGUAAGCCUGCGCCUGCGCUUCGAGGGCACUGUCAUGAGAACUCAAAAACCGAAGAGCCAAAUGGCUCUCAAUGACGACGCUGAUGAGGGGAUGGCUCAUCGAAAACGGGAUCUCGUCGAAGAACUCAUUGGCGAGGAGAAAGAUGACGAGCACACGCACAAACCGGACGGCACCUUUGAGAUCUUGAACGAGAUCGUCAUAGAUCGAGGACCGAAUCCAACCAUGUCGAAUACUGAGAUAUUCGGCGAUGAUGAGCACUUCACCUCCGUGCUUGCGGAUGGUGUAUGUGUUUCAACGCCAACGGGCUCCACGGCCUACAAUCUCGCAGCGGGUGGUUCUCUUUGUCAUCCAGAAAAUCCCGUGAUGCUAGUAACGUCAAUAUGCGCCCAUACGCUCUCGUUCCGGCCGAUUAUACUCCCGGACACGAUUGUUCUGCGUAUAGGGGUACCGUACGACUCGCGGACAAGCAGCUGGGCUAGCUUCGACGGCCGUGAGCGCGUAGAGCUUAACCCGGGCGACUAUGUAACCAUUAGUGCAAGUCGAUUCCCGUUCGCCACUGUCUCGCCGCAAGGCAGACGCAGCGAGGACUGGGUCAACAGCAUUAGUGGUAAGUUGGGUUGGAACACCCGAGAGAAACAGAAGAAUGAAGGGUAUAAGCCAUGGAACAAGUGA